GGUGAUCCAGUCUGAUCGCAGAUCGUCUGACAGAACAAAAAGGAAUAACCGAGCCAAAGCAAGCCCUCCCCACCGGCGACAACUCUUCAACCCCGGCAAAAUGAAAGCAAUAAGCCCCGUGCGGUCCUUCCGGAAAGCCGGCACGAAUUUCUCGGAGCACUCCAUGGGAAUCUCCCGGAGCAAGACCCCGGUGGACGAUCCGCUCAGCCUGCUGUACAACAUGAACGACUGCUACUCCAAGCUGAAGGAGCUGGUCCCGAGCAUCCCCCAGAACAAGAACGUCAGCAAGAUGGAAAUCCUGCAGCAUGUCAUCGACUACAUCCUGGACCUGCAGAUCGCUCUGGACUCCAGCGUCGCACUCACCAGCCUGCAUCACCCCGCUGCGCGGCCGGGCCAGAGCGCGUCCAGGACCCCUCUGACCACCCUCAACACAGAUAUCAGCAUCCUGUCAUUACAGUCCCCGGAGUUGCAGUCAGAGCUGCUGACAGAUGACAGCCGGACUCUGCAUCGUUAAAGCGGUGUUUGGUCAAGACGCAAAAACACACACAGGACCUGGGGAGCAGGACCUUCCUCCCCCUCUCCUCCUCCAGCUUCUCUGUCCUCCCAGGCCUGGAUUUUUUUUUUUCUUUUUUCUGAAAUCAAGAGACUUUUGCUUAUUAUGGGACAAUCUGAUGUGAUGUGUUUUCUGUUUGGACACAUUAUUAUUUAAUUUAAGACUCAUUAUUUGUGGGUCCUUUCUGUAAAUGGAAGGCACGUUAUAUGGAAUUAUUUCCCCUCCCUCCACCCUUGCCUUCUCCCCAUUACUCCCCUCUCCCUGUUUGAACUCUUCGCUUUUUUGCGGAGGUGGGAACGUGUACAGAACAGACUUGGUUAGUUACUGUAAAAAGUUUAGUCUUGUCAGAAUUGUUGACACAUGAAGGACUGGACGAUGUUUAAGACAUAAAGUUAAAGAAUGAGACCUUGUGAACUCUCUCAGCGGGAGUUGAUCUUGUAUAGUUGCAGGAAUUUGAAACUUCUGCAAAAAAAUGUAAUGUUGUACUUAAUUAUGCUGAAACUUUUUAUAAAAGUAAUGUAAAUUGUACCUCUCUUUUUUUUUUUUUUUUUAUACAAAAUAAAUCCAAAACGCAA